AUGUUCACCUCCCUUCUAGCAAUCGGCCUGGCGCCAUUGCUCGCAAGCGCCCAACUCUCCGGCACCGUAGGCCCAACAACCAGCUACGCGACCAAAGCCGCCUCCAAGAUCUGCUCCGUCCUCGACUACGGUGGUGUAGCCGACAACUCGACCGAUAUUGGCCCCGCCAUCACCUCCGCCUGGGCCGCGUGCAAGACCAAUGGCGUAGUCUACAUCCCAUCCGGUGACUAUGCGCUCGAUACCUGGGUCACUCUGACCGGCGGCAGCAGUACGGCGAUCCGCAUGGACGGAAUCAUCUACCGUACUGGUACCGACGGAGGAAACAUGAUUUUCAUCGAGCAUACUACCGACUUCGAACUGUUCAGUUCGACUUCUGAGGGUGCCGUGCAGGGCUGGGGGUAUGAGUUCCAUCGCGAGGGAUCGCUGAGUGGACCGCGCAUUCUGAGAAUGUAUGAGGUUACGGAUUUCUCGGUUCACGAUCUUGCGCUCGUGGAUGCGCCGGCUUUCCAUUUCUCGAUGGAUACUUGUGAGAAUGGAGAGGUUUAUAACAUGGCUAUUCGUGGUGGUAACUCGGGCGGUUUGGAUGGUAUUGAUGUCUGGUCGACAAACAUCUGGGUUCACGAUGUCAUGGUUACCAACAAGGAUGAAUGUGUGACUGUCAAGAACAUCCUUGUCGAGAACAUUUACUGCAACUGGAGCGGUGGUUGUGCCAUGGGCUCGCUGGGAGCUGACACUGAUAUCUCCGAUGUCAUCUACCGUAACGUCUACACCUGGUCCUCAAACCAGAUGUACAUGGUCAAGAGCAACGGCGGCUCCGGCACUGUCUCCAACCUCCUCCUCGAGAACUUCAUCGGCCACGGCAACGCCUACUCCCUCGACAUUGACCAAGCCUGGUCCAGCAUGAGCACCGUCGCCGGCGACGGCGUCCAACUCGAUAACAUCACAAUCAGCAACUGGAAAGGCACUGAAGCCGACGGCGCCGAGCGCGGUCCCAUCAAGGUGAAUUGCGCCAGCGGAGCCCCCUGCACCGAGAUCACGAUCGAUGACUUCGAUAUGUGGACCGAGGAAGGCGAUUACCAGUGGUAUUCGUGCGAGAACGCCUACGGCGACGGCGCGUGCCUUGACUCCGGCGACGACUACACCACGUACACCACCACCAUGACUGUGACUGCUGCUCCGACGGGUUACUCGGCUGCGACUAUGGCGUCGGAUCUGGCGACUGCCUAUGGAACGGAUAUGCCCAUUCCGAUUCCUGCGAUUCCCACUUCAUUCUACCCUGGUGCGACUCCUUAUAGCUCGCUGGCGGGUGCGCAGUCGACUUCUGCUUAG